AUGCCGUUGAGUUCACAUAUAGCUUCACCUGUAUAUGGUGGAACAUCUACGACAAUGUUUGGCCAAUCUGGGCCUUCGACAUCGAACACAGUUAUAUCUUCUCCCAUGCAACUCCAAAGUUAUUCACCUACGCAGCAUGAUGAUCAUACAUCACCGUCUCAACCAUUGGUGAAUCAUCUUGAAAAUCUACAACAUAUGGUGAAUAACGAGUUGUCUCUGUAUGAUGCGCUCCGGGAAACAAAUGAUGAGGCUGAGAGCGAAGAGGAGGAACAUGGACUGGAUAACAUGGAUGUUGAUUCUACAGACAUGGAAGGUGGGGAGGCCAUGGUUAGAACUCCUAUUCCUUGGUUAAGUCAAGUAAAUGAGAAUUAUAAGGUUGAUCAAUAUUGGGCCGAAUCAGGUAGUCGUACAACAUUUGUGAUCGGGGGGGGGGGGGAGUUUGAGAAGGGUAUGUUCUUUGAAUCUAAGAAACUGCUCCAGGAAAUGGUGAAGAAGUAUUCUAUACAAAGGAACCAAUUCUACACCACAGUGACCUCGAAUGAGAAGGUCCUUCAUCUGUGGUGCAAGAAGAAUUGUGGUUGGUCGCUACGGGGCACAAAAAAAAGUGAGCACUCAGACGACUUUACCAUAGUCACAUACAAAGGCCCGCACCGGGACACCUGUGUCACUGAAGUGUUAUCUACAGAUCAUGCACACUUGGAUUCAUCCAUAAUUUCCGAUUUUGUGAAGUCUUUUGUGCAGAAAGAUCCAUGCUUGAAAGUUGAAUUUAUACAGGAACUCAUAUCCAAGCAUUUUCAGUUCGACGUUACUUAUCGAAGAGCAUGGUAUGCUAGGGAGAAAGCCAUAGCUGAAGUAUUUGGAGAUUGGGAGAGUUCUUAUGGCCGACUUCCGCACUUCAUGGAAGCACUCAAACAGUCAAACCCGGGAACCGUUGUUGUAUGGAAACACAAAGCUCUGGUAGACGGUGUUUAUUACAGCAACAUGGAAGUGUUUGAACGAGUAUUUUGGGCCUUUGGCCCUUGUGUUGAAGGUUUUAAACAUUGUAUGUCUGUCAUCUAUAUCGAUGGGAUGCAUUUGUACGGGAAAUUUAAAGGAACAUUGUUGGUUGCUACAAGUGUGGAUGCAAACUUCCAAGUAUUUCCGCUUGCAUUUGCGUUAGUCAAAGGGGAAAACAUUUCCAACUGGUCUUGGAUUCUGGGCUGCAUUCGGGUUCAUGUCACUCAACGGGAUGGCCCCUGUGUUAUAUCUGAUCGACAUGCUGGGAUCAUUGCAGCAAUGAAUGACCCUAACGUUGGAUUCACCGAGCCACGAGCCUAUCACAGGUUUUGUGUUCGGCUCUUGGCUUCUAACUUGAAGACUCACGUGCGAAGAAACGACAUGAGAGAUAUGUUCAAGGCUGUUGCGUACCAAAGGCAGGAAAGAAAACUGGUAGCUGAUAUGAGUUUGAUCGGUCAGGCAUGUACCAAGGCCAUACAGUAUAUUGUCCAAGUGCCCUUGCCUAUGUGGUCUGUGUUUCACGAUGCUGGUCGCAGAUAUGGGAUAUGUACUACGAACUUCUCAGAAACAUUUAACAAUGUGUUGAAGGUUGCUCGAUUUCUACCUAUCAUGUCCCUUGUUGAAUUAACAUUCCACAGAGUCAAUAAGUAUUUCACUGAUAGAAGGGAAUUAUCUCAUACUAGAUCUGAACAGGGACUUGCAUACCCCCCCAAAGUCACUUCCAUUAUGGAGAAAAAACAUUGCAAAGGCUAG